GGGGAGGUUUCUGGUAUUCUAAUCUUUGCAGCAUGUUUUACAUGGAGAAUUUGAAAUUUCAUACUUGAUGGCAAGUAUUUGUCUCAAGAAGUCAUUCUACAGUGAAGAAUGACUAGCCUCCUAGUACCAGUGUGUGCAGGGUGUAACAUACCUGUUACCCAUAGUCUUAGUGGCUAAGGACAAUAGAUGUUCUUAAAGCAAGCUAUAGGUUAACUAGUGUCACAGUUUACAAAAAAUUUUUAUUAAAGGAGUUCUUUAGACAUUAAACUACUCUAAGGUCACUAACAGAUCAAGUCCAGUUAUAUAAACUUCAUACAUAUUACUGUGUGUAAUGUUUUUUCCCCAGAAUUAUGAGAUACUUAACAACAGGCCUUUCUAUAACAAGUUUGAAAACGUUUUGACCACAGAAGAAAGGCAGACAAUCCAUAUAUUAUUUAGAGCAGGGUUUAGUAGUAUAGAUAGUUUUUUUCCCCCUGAUUAUACUAGUUGAGAUAUUGGAAUGAUAAUGAUAUCAGGUGAAUUGAGAGGUAAAUGCACUUUGAAGAUAGUCUGAAAAAUGAUGACCCUUAUUCCUCACUCUCAGAUUAAAACAAAAAACAAUGCACAGAGGUAGAGGCACAAAGUAGGCACAUUUUCAGAUACUUUUGUAGAGAAUGAUUGAUAACCAAGAAUCAGAAUAGAUUUAUUGCACAGAAUUGUUGAUUUUUAAGAAAAUGUAAGGGCAUCAGUACUUCAUGUUGUGUUAUCUCUUAGAAAUUUUCCAUGAACAUGAAUUGCUGGAUGCGGGGAAGAUUAAAGCUGAGGUAUAUAGACUUACUGCCAUUUGGAGAAAAAGUAAAAUGCUUUUUUGAAAUUAAGUUAGAGGGAAAUAAUUUGAUAUAUACAACUUCUGAACUGAGGCGUAAUUGUAGCGUAUUGUAGCGUAUGACUGAACUGCUCUACAAAGAGAAGCUAAGUGCUGAUUAACAUGGAUGGAAGUGUGUGGAGGGUGAGAAGGCUAAACCGUGGGAUGAGUUGAAAUUUUGAGACAAAUCUAAGCUCUACUAAAUUCUGUCAUUGUAAACUAUGUUAUUAGAUUUUGUUAAAUAAGAAAGCAGUCUUGGAAGCAUUGCUUUGAGAUCCACCCUGUUUCCAACUGCAAACAUUGGUCUCAGCUGUCCCACAGUGCCUUGCAUGUAAAGGUGCUCAAUAAAUAUUUGAAUUGAUGAGCAACUGUUUACUUUAGCCUGUUAGUUUUCCAGGAUCUUAUAAUUGCACCUAUUUGUAUAUUAAGCCUAGGGUAAAUUUAAAAAUCUGAUCUAAUUAUGAUCAUGAAAACAGACAAUUGUAUACACCUUUCCUAGACAUGUGGAAUUUUAGAAUCUGACAACCAUGUAUACAUAUUGAGGACAUAGACAAGUGAAUAAAACGUGAAAUAGCAUAUGAACAAUGAAAUAUAUGUGUAAGGGUCAGCUGCAUUUUGGAGGGUGGGAUUGCAAUUAUUUGAAGAAAAGGGAAUAAUGAGUGUAUUCACACUGGGCCUGGGAUGAUGAGUUUCUGACCCUACAAGCCUAUUUCUCACAUUGGCACUUAAAAGUCUACAUGGUUACAUAUCCUAGACAGUAAGGUAGGACUCAAUUGUGAAGAAUUAAAAAUACGUGAUGUUGAUCCUAGACUGAAGUAUCCAGAUUCUAGACUUAAGAAGUCUGUUCAUUACACUGUUCUCAGUUGGUUUUGCCAGAUCAUCUUAGACAAUGAAAGCAGGAGCUUGUAUUGUUUCUGUAACUUCAGCUUCAGAUGGGAGUAAUUUGGAGAACAUUUUUCUGAAGGGGAUAAACCGAGUAGCUUUGGAUAGGAAAUGACCAAUGACUUUCCUGGCCAUGAGUGGUUAGGUAAGUGAGAAAUGACCCAGAUAGAAUUAGGGACAACUCUAAUGGGUGCAGGUGAGAUUUGCUAGGGGAUGCAGCACACGAGUAAGGACACCAGGUGGCACCCUUUAUUAGCAGUGCUACAUUGAUCCUCCACGCCCCCUGCCUGCCGCCAUGGUGGCAAAAAUCAGACUAGCAAGGAGUAAAAGGAGCCAGCCCCCUAUUUCAUACUGUUACGGCUAAUAACCCUGACCACCUCCUCCAGAUUUGAAAAUGUGAAAAUACCAUUUUAUAUUUCAUUACCUCUGCAAUGCAUGGUUGAAAGGAAGGAAAGGUCAUGCCUCUGGUAGCUAUUGCCAGCUGGUCUUCCAAGAAGUGACUUCCCUGAUAUUUAUGUCAACUUGUUAGCUUUACAGUUCUCACACAAGUAUAUACCUGUUUUGCCACUUGGCAGUACAAGAGCCACUCACAGCAGUAGGUUUAAGAGUUUUUCCCUCUUGCUAACAUCUCAUCUCCCCCAGGGUUCCCCUAAGGAUCUGGAUCAGAUGGAAGGCAUAUCAGUGUACUCUUUCUCUGGAGCCCAACUGUUGGAAUAGGUUAACCUUUUUGUAUGGUAAUUUCUGUAGCAACUAGGCAGAAAGGCACCUAGAAAACAAAGUUAGGUUGAAACACAUUAAAUAAUAGGCAAAGGUAUUUCUGUGCACGCUCUGCCAUCCCCCCAAUUUCUCUCCCCCACCCGUGAGCUAGAAAAACUCUGUUGAAUCUGGUGCCAACAAGCUUGGCAGUGAUCUCGUCAAAGCAACAGUACCAGGGACAAGGGUUCGUGAGUGAGUUUUGACAGGAACAUGGAAAAUGGCUGGAGCAACUGGUUAAUUGGAUGAGAACGAGAUGGAACAUUGGAGGCUAAAGAAAACAUCAAACAAAUAAGUCUCAUCCGCACAUUGACCCGACCGCCCCCUUCCCGCCUAAAGCUCUAUCCUAGGCUAUCAGCUCCUUCCGCCUUCUUCCACCGCGGCCAAUCAGGUUGCCUAGUUCAAUACACUUCGUAGCGAUCGACGUACUCAUGAAGAAUCGUUUCCAUGUAGGUCAACGCGCCUGGCAAGCGGCGAGCAGAAAUUAUUCUAGCCACUUUAAAUCCCAGCGCUUAGGAGCAGACUUUAUGGCUGUACCCAGUCUUAGUUUCAGCUCUGGUCCCUCCAGCCUAUUAAAAGCCAACCAUAGUGCCGCUGGGGGCGUGGUUACCGUCCUGUUAGGGUUCUGGGAAGUGCGCUUCUCUGGGGGGACCAGGCUGAUAAUACCAUAAAAGGCUUGGUUUUCUCAGUUCUGAAGCCGUGUUCUGACGACCUCCCUCUAGGAUCCGUAGUCGCGACUGCAUGGUGCGGAAUCCGUGGUUCCUGAGUGCCCAGUCCUCAGCUUCCUAGGCCCUUUCCUGGGCCCCGCCCCCGUAAGCCGUACUCGUCCACUCUGGGAACGCCCCCGUGUGUAGAGGCCGCGCCCCCUCGCCUCCGCUCCUCCUACCCAGCCGGUGGCUGAGCCCAGACGGUAGUUCGCGUUUUGAGCCGCUCGUGCCACCAUAGCUGCUUCUGCCACUGCCGCAGCGGAGCUGAAAUCGCUGAGCGCGAUGCCUGAGGGCGCUGCGAGCCGGGCGGCCCUCGCGCCCCGGGGCUGGUCAGUGAGAGGGCAUACUGGAAGGGCCUGUGGAGUGGGAAAGCAUUGCCGCUGUUGAGGCAAGUCCCAGGAUUGGGCCAGGAGCUGUCCCAGGGGCUCCUCAUCAUGAUGGCUGUGGAGGGGUCAACCAUUACCAGCCGGAUCAAGAACCUUCUGCGAUCCCCGUCCAUCAAAUUACGCAGGAGUAAGGCAGGAAACCGGCGAGAGGACCUCAGCUCCAAGGUGACCUUGGAGAAGGUGCUUGGAAUUACAGUGUCUGGAGGCAGAGGACUUGCCUGUGACCCCCGAUCAGGUUUAGUUGCCUAUCCAGCUGGGUGUGUGGUCGUGCUGUUCAAUCCCCGGAAACACAAACAGCACCACAUCCUCAACAGUUCCAGGAAAACCAUCACUGCCCUUGCCUUCUCUCCUGAUGGCAAGUACUUGGUCACUGGAGAGAGUGGGCACAUGCCUGCCGUGCGCGUUUGGGAUGUGGCAGAGCACAGCCAGGUGGCUGAGCUGCAGGAGCACAAGUAUGGUGUGGCUUGUGUGGCCUUCUCCCCGAGCGCCAAGUACAUCGUCUCUGUGGGCUACCAGCAUGACAUGAUCGUCAACGUCUGGGCCUGGAAGAAAAACAUCGUGGUGGCCUCCAAUAAGGUGUCCAGUCGGGUCACCGCGGUGUCCUUCUCUGAAGAUUGCAGCUACUUUGUCACUGCUGGUAACCGGCAUAUCAAAUUCUGGUACCUUGAUGACAGCAAGACCUCAAAGGUUAACGCCACUGUGCCCCUGCUGGGCCGCUCAGGGCUGCUGGGCGAGCUGCGGAACAACCUGUUCACUGACGUGGCCUGUGGCAGAGGGAAGAAGGCAGACAGCACCUUCUGCAUCACGUCCUCAGGGCUGCUGUGCGAGUUCAGUGACCGGAGGCUUCUGGACAAGUGGGUGGAACUGAGAACCACUGUGGCCCACUGCAUCUCCGUGAGCCAGGACUACAUCUUCUGUGGCUGCGCUGAUGGCACCGUGCGCCUCUUCAACCCCUCCAACCUGCACUUCCUCAGCACCCUGCCCCGGCCCCACGCCCUGGGGACAGACAUCGCCAGUGUCACGGAGGCCAGUCGCCUCUUCUCUGGAGCAGCCAAUGCCAGAUAUCCAGACACCAUCGCCUUGACUUUCGAUCCUACUAAUCAGUGGCUGUCUUGUGUGUACAACGACCACAGCAUUUAUGUUUGGGAUGUGAGGGACCCCAAGAAAGUGGGCAAGGUGUAUUCGGCUCUGUAUCAUUCUUCCUGCGUCUGGAGUGUGGAGGUCUACCCCGAAGUCAAGGACAGUAACCAGGCCUGCCUGCCCCCCAGUUCCUUUAUCACCUGUUCCUCCGACAACACCAUCCGCCUGUGGAACACAGAGAGCUCCGGGGUGCAUGGCUCCACGCUGCACCGGAACAUCCUCAGCAAUGACCUCAUUAAGAUCAUCUAUGUGGAUGGGAACACUCAGGCCCUGCUGGACACUGAGCUGCCCGGGGGAGACAAAGCUGAUGGGUCCCUGAUGGAUCCCCGCGUGGGCAUUCGUUCUGUGUGUAUCAGCCCCAACGGACAGCAUCUUGCUUCAGGGGACCGCGUGGGCACUCUCAGGGUGCACGAACUGCAGUCCCUAAAUGAGAUGCUGAAGGUGGAGGCCCAUGACUCGGAAAUCCUGUGCCUGGAGUACUCUAAGCCGAACACAGGUCUGAAGCUCCUAGCAUCAGCGAGCCGGGACCGGCUGAUCCACGUGUUGGAUGCUGGACGGGAGUACAGCCUACAGCAGACACUGGACGAGCAUUCAUCCUCCAUCACUGCUGUGAAGUUUGCAGCCAGCGAUGGGCAAGUCCGCAUGAUCAGCUGUGGAGCAGACAAGAGCAUCUACUUCCGCACUGCGCAGAAGUCUGGAGAUGGAGUGCAGUUUACGCGGACACACCACGUGGUGCGGAAGACGACCCUCUACGACAUGGAUGUGGAGCCCAGCUGGAAGUACACAGCCAUCGGCUGCCAGGAUCGGAAUAUUCGGAUCUUUAACAUCAGCAGUGGGAAGCAGAAGAAACUGUUUAAAGGGUCGCAGGGUGAGGACGGCACUCUGAUUAAGGUGCAGACGGACCCCUCAGGGAUCUACAUCGCUACCAGCUGCUCCGACAAGAACCUCUCCAUUUUUGACUUUUCCUCAGGCGAGUGCGUGGCUACCAUGUUUGGCCACUCAGAGAUUGUCACUGGCAUGAAGUUUAGUAAUGACUGCAAACAUCUCAUCUCUGUAUCAGGGGACAGCUGCAUAUUUGUGUGGCGCCUGAGCUCGGAGAUGACCAUCAGCAUGAGGCAGCGACUGGCCGAGCUGCGCCAGCGCCAGCGUGGGGGCAAGCAGCAAGGAUCGUCCUCUCCCCAGAGGGCCGCUGGACCCAACCGGCCCGAGGCCCCCUCGAUGCUGUCUCCCGGACCAGCUCUCUCCUCAGACAGCGACAAGGAGGGAGAAGACGAGGGCACUGAAGAGGAGGAGCUUCCAGCCCUGCCCAUCCUUGCCACGGGCACCAAGAAAGAGCCAGCCUCGGUGCCCAGCCCAGCCCUGCCCCGAAGCCUGUCCCACUGGGAGAUGAGUCGGGCACAGGAGAUGGAGGAGUUCCUGGACCCAGCUCCUGCCACCAACCAAGGACCCAGAAGGAGGGGGCGCUGGGCUCAGCCAGGCGUGGAGCUGAGUGUUCGCUCUAUGCUGGACCUGAGGCAGCUGGAGACACUGGCCCCAGGACCUCGGGGCACUCACCAGGACUCUCCGGCCAUGACCCCUUCAGGUCCUGGGAAGCACAGUCAGCAGGCCCCUGAGACCUCCAGUGUGAGCCAGAAUGAAAAGCUCCCCCGGCCUCAGGCUUCCCAACCCUGUUCCUGCCCCCACAUCAUCCGAUUGUUGUCCCAAGAGGAAGGGCUCUUUGCCCAAGAUCUGGAGCCUGCACCCAUUGAAGAUGGUAUUGUCUAUCCGGAGCCGGGUGACAGCCCCACCCUGGAUACCAGUGAGUUCCAGGUGCAGGCACCGAGCCGAGGGACCCUGGGAAGAGUGUAUGCAGACGGCAGGGGCUCAGAGAAGCACAGUCCUGACAGUGCGUGCUCUGUGGACUUCAGCAGCAGCCGCCUUUCCAGCCCUGAGCACCCCAAUGAAGACUCUGAGAGCACGGAGCCCCUGAGUGUGGACGGCAUUUCCUCAGACCUUGAAGAGCCAGCGGAGGGUGAUGAGGAAGAAGAGGAAGACGAGGGGGGCACUGGCCCCUAUGAGGUGCAGGAGGGCAGCCCCCAUACUCCGGACCAGGAGCAGUUUCUAAAACAACACUUCGAGACUCUGGCCAACGGGGCUGCUCCAGGGGGCCCAGUCCGGGUGCCAGAGCGGACAGAGUCUCGGAGCAUCUCUUCACGAUUCCUGUUGCAAGUGCAGAGCCCCCCACUCAGGGAACCGUCCCCAUCUUCCUCAAGCCUGGCAGUGACGUCAAGACUGGCCCAGGGGCUGCAGGCUUCUGGUGAGCAGCCGAGAGGCAUUGGUGCCAGUCCUCCAGGAGCACCCCCAGAGGCGGAGCCUUCCCCCGGAAACCCUGGCCCCCAGCAGGCAGUCCCUGUGCUACUGCCGCGACGCCGUCUCAGCCCGGACAGUGGCUGGUCCCCCAAGAGAGUGGCUGCAGCCGGCCCCACAGGUGGACUCCAGAAAGCCCAGUCGGUGCAGAGUCUGGUACCACAGGUUGAGGCCCCUCCACCAGGCCUGUUGCUCUCACAGGAGGGGGAGGCCCAGGGGUGCCUGCGCUCCUUGCCCCAAGCUGAUCGUCGUCUGUCUCGGCCCCACUCGUACCAGAGCCCUACCACCAGUUCCAUGGCCAAGAUUGCCCGCAGCAUCUCUGUUGGGGAAAACUUGGGUCUGGCUGCUGAACAUCAAGCUCCUGCUCCCAUCCGCAUCUCACCACUCAACAAGCUGGCCCUGCCCAGCCGGGCUCACCUGGUCCUGGAUAUCCCGAAGCCACUGCCUGAUCGUCCCACCUUGGCCACCUUCUCACCUGCUACCAAGGGCCGGGCCCCUGGUGAGGCAGAACAGCCCAGCUGCCCAGCGGGGCUAGGAAAGGCUCACAGUACAGCUGAGAGGCGGGCCUGUUCAGGGGAGGGUGCCACUCCCAAGCCUAGGACAGAGUGCCAGGCUCAGCCUGGGCCCAACAGCCCCCGUGCCCAGCAACUGCCAGUUGGCAGCCUCCUCCGAGGCCCUGCGAACGUGCAACCCCUAGAGAAGACUCCUAGCCCUGUGGAAUGUGCCAGGCCAGGGGCAACCCUGAGCCAGGACUCAGAACCAGCAGUGAGCCUGGAGCAGUGCGAGCAGCUCGUGGCCGAGCUCCAGGGCAGUGUGCGCCAGGCCGUGCAGCUCUACCACUUGGUGGCCAACUGUAAGACACCCUCGGUGGAACAAAAUCGCAUCACCCAACUCCUCAGAAACACCUUCUCUUCAGUGCGGCAGGAGCUGGAGGCCCUGGCCGGGGUGGUGUUGGCCAGCCCGGGCGGGAGCCCUGGGGCUGUGGGGGCCGAGCAGACACAGGCCCUGCUGGAGCAAUACUCAGAGCUGCUGCUUCGAGCUGUGGAGCGGCGCAUGGAACGCAGACUCUGAGUUCCAGAAGCCUGUCCCCAGUGAAUGCUACCCCCCUUUCAAACUGCAUCUCUCCACCACUCACCAAAACCUGCGAGGAUGCUUGGAGUGGAGAGCAGGGAUCCAUGCUCAGAGGGGCCAUGGCUUUCGCAGCUGUUCCUCACGGGACCCCUGUAUUUAUUAAUUUAUUUCCCUGACUGUUGCCUCACUCUCUUGGAACUCCUGCCUCCACAGCCAUCUGGUGGCUCACGCAGGGGCAGAUCUUGGUCUUUGUCAUCUUGGUGCUGUGAGGAGUCGGAGGACAGCCUGCCCUCCCUUCUUAGAAGCCAUUUGAAAUUACUGCAGGGAUCAGCUCCCUGGGGGGGGAGCACACACAGGGUAUCCAGGGCAGGUAGAGGUGAGAGGUGAUCUGGUGUCCUUGCCCUCUGGCCAACGGCGGAACUUCACCUCUACCUCCAUGCCCCUCCCACACCAGCUUACUCCCCUGGUUGCCAGAGCGGGGGUUGUCUGUUUUUCCCACUUGUUGGCAGUUCAGAAAGGCAGAGCCCUCUGGCUCUCUGGAGCCCGCCCAGCCAUCGGGAGGCUUGAGUUGGUGUCAAGGCCUGAGCCCCCACAUUCCACUCCCAUUCCCCCCUCCAGGGGGGCCUAGCAUUGUCUCUUCCCGUGCCCCCUUUCUCUCCUGGCCGGAACUUGUGGAGCCAGCUGUGGGACGUUGCUGCAGGACAGUAAAGCCCUCUGCUGGGCAAACAUCAAGCCCUGGCCUUCAUAUCCUCAGCCCCUUGGCCUUCCCUGUUCUUCAGCCCUGGUCCCCAACAGGCUGCUGAAGCUGAGGCCACCUUCUCCCUGCAUCCUGAGUGAUGCUCAGUGAGAAGCCUGUGUUGGAACUUCCCUCGUAGUUUACAGGGCGCCGGCCCACCUUCUAAGGACCUUGGCCACAGAAGAAAUCUACACAAAUGCACACACACAUGCACAUACACACAUUGAGUGUUCACUGCUAGACCACUUGGCUGGCUGAUGUGUUCCUGCUUUCCUUUCACAUCCUGCCCUGGCUUCAUCACCCUGGCUCCUAUCAAGAAUAUGAAAAGGGAUAGAACACGCUAAGCCUGGAUUCUGGAUUCUUGGUUUCACAGCCUAGCUGAUGUGUAAUGGCCCAGAGUAUCUGUUUUGGGUAGAAGGAGCCUCCUCAAGGGCGGUGCUGGGCACCAGGUGUGCUGGAUGCUGGAGGGUGAGGAGAGGGAGGCCCAUGGGGCUGUAGCAGGGCCAAGAGACACACUGGCAAGGUGGUAGGUGGGCCAGGUAAGUGGUAGAGGUGAGGGGAUAGAGUUAGGAGGGUAGUGUUAGGGGUGAGGGCAGGGAGCCAGGGCACAGAGGGCAAGUAGAGUAGGACCAAGUACAGAAGCAGCUGUGGAAGAGUUGGGGUGAAGAACGUGUCUCUAGGCCCUGCUGCUUUCACUGCCUCAGGUAAGUCAGGGCAGCUCUGCUGCAGCUCCCGGCUGGAAAGUGUGUCCCUAUGGGCUCUGCUGGCUCUGUGGGUGGAGGCUUGAAGUUGGAUUCUCAAGGGUGCCCAGCUCUGCUUGCAUUAAUCACCUGAACAGGUGAACCCUAUUUCACCCUUACUCUUUUCUACUACCACCACCUGCAUGGCCAAGCUGCCAAGAAAUCCUGGCCCAGGAACUCUCAGAGCUGAGUGUGGACCCCAAGAGGCCGCAGCUGCCCUUGUCAUAGUUAGAAAUCCGCUCCCCAUGUACCCCUAACCAGCACACCAGCCGCAGUCCACUGCAAGUGGGGCUCAGGCCUGGCCCUCGGGGCUGGGUUCCUGGCCACCCUCAGCCAGUCUAUCCCUCACGAGGAUGAAGCGACACUCCUGCCGAGGUUUGUGGGAAGGUGGCCACCCUUUUGAUUACCCACCCCCGCCCAGCGUGGGGGGAUGUGGUCGGCGCCCGUCCCCUUCUGCAUGUCUGAGGCCACCGGCAACUGCCGCCCCCGUUCAGAUCUGCCCUGACCCAGUUUUGAAAGCCCCUUAUUUAUAACUUUUAUACUUUGCCCAGGCCAUGGCGCUUCCCCAACAUCCCCAGGUCUCACAGGGCAGAGGCUGUUUUUAACAUGUCCGUUUGUAUUGAUGUAUGAACUCGUCAAUAAACACAAUCAUUUGCUAA